AUGUUUGGCAAUCUGUUUGUGGAGGACGAGGAGGCGUCUUCUUCCACUUCCUCCAAGGGCAGAGUUCUAAAGGGGCCUGAGGAGCCCCCUCCACCCCGAGGGAGAAGCAAUCUGUGUGGCAUCAAGAACCAGGGAGGCACCUGCUACCUCAACUCUCUGCUGCAGACCCUGCUGUUCACCCCCGAGUUCAGAGAGAAGCUGUUCAGUUUGGGCUCAGAGGAGCUGGGAUGUCUGGAAGACAAGGACUCACCUGGAGCCAAAGAAAGUCUAAUAUGUAUAAAACAUGUGCGACUCAUCCCCCUGCAGCUGCAGAGACUGUUUGUUCGCCUGCUGCUGCUGGACCAGCACAGUGCCUCCACAGCCGAGCUCACCGACAGCUUCGGCUGGAACACCACCGAGGGAACAAACCAGCAUGAUGUGCAGGAACUCAACAGGAUUCUGUUCAGUGCUCUGGAACACUCUCUGGUGGGAACCACAGGAAGUUCCUUUAUCAACAGCUUAUAUCACGGCACCAUUGUCAACAGCAUUGUGUGCAAGGAGUGUGGCAAUGUGAGCCAGAGACAGGAGGACUUUCUAGACCUGACGGCGUGUGUAUGUGGAGUGUCUAGUCUGGAAGAGGCUUUAUGGAACAUGUUUGUGGAAGAAGAGUUAUUUGAGGGAAAUAAUUUGUAUCGUUGUGCUGAGUGUAACAAGCUGGUCACCGCCGCCAAGUCUGCAAAGAUGAGGAAGCUCCCUCCUUUCAUGACCAUGUCUCUGCUGCGAUUCAGUUUUGAUUUUGCCAAAUGUGAGCGGUACAAAGAGACAGGCCGCUACAGCUUUCCCCUCAACAUAAACCUGCGUGCCUUCUGUGAACAGGCCGAGGGAGAUGACUCUGAUUACUCGUACGAGCUUUUCUCAGUCAUCAUUCAUAAGGGCGGUUGCUAUGGCGGCCAUUACCACGUUUACAUUAAGGAUAUUGAUCAACUUGGCUGCUGGGAGCCUCCAGAAGAAGAGUCUAAACCCAAGGCAAAGAAGAAAACGAGUGAGGAGAAAGCGUGUGAGUCGAAGCCACAGGAAGAGGAUCCACUGUCUAUUCUCACUGCCAUCAUCAGCCAGGAACCUUCCAAGACUGUUCUCGUGGACCAACUAGGCCAAAAGCUGAUGAAUAACUUUGGUUUCUCAUGGAAUAAAAAGUUUAAAAAGCAAUGUGGAGCUAUUGGAAAGUUCCUGCAAUCUCAUGGGGAGGUCUUCAUGCUGGUGUCUAACGGAUCUAAAGUCACUCUGAAGGCCAACUCCACAGAGCCCAUUGUUCCAGAGCAGACUAAUGAUGCACAAGGGGAAGGGGACCAGGAUACGGAGGGAAGCCGCUGGUUCGACCUGAAUGACUCCACAGUGACCUCCAUCAGAGAGCGGGACAUAGAGAAGCAGUUCCAGGGCAAAGAGAGCGCCUACAUGCUGUUCUACAGGAAAACCCAGCUGCGGCGGCCCCCACAAGCACUGAACAAUCCUCAAUAUAAAGUUCCUCCCCAACUCAUCAAACUGGCUCAGGAGGAGAACCUCAAACUGCAGCUGAGCCGUGAGGAGUUUGAAGCCACUAAUAACACUAUAGAACUGCACCUGCACUUGGCUCCAUUGUAUAAACUAGAAAAUGGUGCCCUUCAGCCAGUCUGCAAAGAAUCAGAGUCCACCAGCCUCAGCUUCGACCGCAGGAAGACUGUGGGAGACCUGCGCCUGGCCAUUUAUCAGAUGCAAGACCCGUGGGAGGGAGACAUGGCUCUGACUGUAGCCAAGAGUCUUCCAGCUGGACUCCACUUGUACAAUACUCUAACAGAUGACGCAGUUUCAUUGUACAGCGCAGGCGUCACAAACAACACAGAUCUGUUUGUCUGGAACGGCACAGAGGUGUGCGGCAGUCCCGUCCUGACCGGGGCCGAGUGGGAGCCCGUGCUGCUCACCGUAGUCCGGCCUUCUCUGGAUCACGACAUGGACGAACCCAAAGAUCAGGACCCCACCAAGGGCGAGGCACCAGGGCUGAGGAAGGAGGCCAGGGGGUUUGCAGGUGGCUCCACACUGGGUGAAGUGAAGCAGGCCCUGGGAGAGCCCGAGGAGAGCCUGCUGUGUCAGGAGGCCCGUGGGUCGGUGGAGCCCGGAGCAGGGGAAGGCGGAGGGGCCAGCGGCUGGAGGGUGUUCCCCCCAGACGAUAUGCUGCGUACCCUGAAGGAGCUGUCUCUAAAGGACGGGGACGCUGUGUUGGUGCUAGAGCCACAGUCCUUUGAUAGCAGCGUUUUCACUUUGGAUGGAGAUGUGGUGACCGUGACCACGCCGUCUGACUGCCGGUGGCUUCAGGUGGAGCAUCAGCCCAACAUUCGGCACGGACAAAGAGAGGAAGAGCCGAGCAAAGUCAAAGUGCUCGCGACAGGAAAUACUCUGUUGUUGGAGGUGAAACAGAGGGCCAUGGAGAGAAUACAGGAGCUGGAGCAGAGGCCACUUGAAGGUGCAGAGUACUGCCUCAGACACGUGGACAGCGCGGGGAAACUCCUGCCUCCAGUGUGCGAGGAGCUGAGCGUUCGGGAGGCAGGCGUGCGGCUCAUGACCACGCUGACGCUGAGCCUGGGACGAGCCCCCGAGGCGUCACAGCUUUUCCUGAGUUUCUCUGUGGGAGUGGCGCCCUCUGCUGGUUUAGAAAGGGACAUCAUUGUGGAGAAGACUUGUACUGUCAGAGAGUGUCUGAAACAAAUGCUGGAUGAAGUCGGCCUUGAAGGCAGCGGCUGGCACCUGAGACAGCUCGAUUGGUGUGAAGAGGUCGGAGAAGCACUGAUGGAUGAGGAUACACCACUGUCUGAUCUCAAGAUAAGUAAUGGAGAAACACUAAUUAUUGCAGAAGGACAACUGCCUCCAAAGGGCUUCCUGAAACUGUUUGUUUGGUUGUUGGUGAGCGACAGCAGACCGUCUGUGGAUAAUGGCUUCAUGGAGGACUCUGUGCGAGCCGUGAACGGAGCAGAGGACGUCCCUGUGUGCGGCUGUGAGCAUGCGAGGCUCAGGGCCGUGGGACAAGUGGAGAUAUCUGAUGAAGCCACGCUGGAUGAGCUCAAGACCCAGGUUCUCACGCUGCCUGCUCUGUCCGACCUGUGUGUGCCCACCUCAGCCUUCCUCAGACUGUGGCAGCUGGAGGAGAGGAGGCUGGCUCGGCUGCUCAGGGGACCACAGACCAUGCUCAGGAAACUGAAGCUUACCAGUGAAACUAAUGUCUGCAUUCAACAACUGUUUAAAGAGGAAGACCUCGGAGCCAAAGAUGUGCUCCUGAAAGUGAAGGUGGCUGUUCCUGGGGAGGCUCGGUAUUACCCCUCAGAGGAGCUGCUGUGGGACGCCUCCAAGGACCCGUCUGCCCGCUCUCUGCGCUCCUGCGUGGCUGCACACUACGGCCUGUCCCCAGACUCACUGCUGCUGGCCAAGUUUCAGCCCGAGAAACACGCCUGGGAGGAGAUCUCUUCAUGGAAUCAGCAAAUGUCCAAAAAGAAGAAGAAGAAGCGGACUGAAUCUUUACUGGGAGCUCCUUUCCAACUGAGGGACGGAGACACGAUCGGCAUCAAGAAUCUUCUGAUCGAUGGCAACAGGGACUUUUGCACCUCUGAGGACAGGCUGGGUCAGCAGAGGCUACGAGAGCAAGUAGAGCUGGGUAAAGGAGACCAAGCUGAUGGCUUCUGCUCAACUGAACAAAAGAAGAAACAAGCCAAAUCCAGAAAGCCAGAAGUGGGACUAUCAAUCAGCGUUGGGGAGUUCAGAUAG